AUGAAAUUACAAGAGCUCCAAGAAAAAAAGAGUUUGCUAAAUGAGAGAAAAGAACUUGUGUUAAAGAAAAUUGGUCCUAUUCUAUCCAUAGAAGAAUUUUUUAUAAAGAAAUCAGUAAUAGAUUCUUUAGAAAAUAGAGAAAUUUUUCAGUUAGUAAAUGAUAUUCAUAAUUUAGAAUUAAAGUCAUUAGAACUUGAUGAAAAGUUAAAAAUUGUGGAAAUAGAAAAGGAAGUAAAAGAUAUACUUAAGUCUUUUCAAACUAGUGAUGAUAAAGUUAGUGAUAGGUCUAGUCAUUUAUCAGAUUGGUAUAAAGAGUUAGAAUGUUUAAAACCAGAUGGUGACUGUACAAUAGAUUAUAUAAAAUAUAAUAAGCCAGAAUUAAAGUUUAAUAUAUUAUAUAAAGGAAUUAGUGUGAUGAUUAGUAUACAAGAAAUUAAACAAAAUGAAAGUUCACAUUCCAACUAUAAAGUGAAGUCAGAUAUAUUUUUAGAGAAUCUAGAAGAGAAGAGUAAAGAGUUUUUAGUUGCCAUGUUACCAGUAGAUAAUUUAAUAACAUUUAUAAAGAGUGAAAUGGAGGAAGAUAUAUUACCCUAUAUAAGUUGUGAUUUAACAGUAACUGAAGAUUAA